GACUGCCUCUUUAGUCCCUUUUCUUCUUCCCCAAGCUCACUGAACCUCUUUUGACAACUCUUGCUUCUCUCUCUCUCUCUUCUAAAUCUCCACAGAUUCUCUAACUAGUUUACGAUUUUACUCCGAAUUACGGUUUCGAUUUGAUAAUUUUAGCGGGGAAAUGACGAAAGUAGCAGAAUCGAUGCCGCCGAAGGGUGGGUUUUCUUUCGAUCUUUGCAAGAGGAACGAGAUGCUUGCGCAGAAGGGUUUGAAGCAACCCGGUUUUCUGAAAACCGGGACUACUAUCGUUGGAUUGGUUUUUAAGGAUGGUGUAAUUCUCGGAGCAGACACACGAGCCACUGAAGGCCCCAUUGUUGCUGAUAAGAACUGUGAGAAGAUCCAUUACAUGGCUCCAAAUAUUUAUUGUUGUGGAGCUGGAACUGCUGCAGAUACAGAAGCUGUUACAGACAUGGUUAGCUCUCAACUGAAGCUGCAUCGCUUCCAUACUGGUCGUGAGUCGAGGGUUGUGACUGCUCUGUCCCUUCUAAAAUCUCAUCUUUUCAGCUAUCAAGGCCAUGUAUCAGCUGCUUUGGUGCUUGGUGGAGUUGAUGUGACGGGUCCCCACUUGCAUACUAUAUAUCCACAUGGUUCAACUGACACACUACCAUUUGCCACCAUGGGUUCUGGAUCCCUUGCUGCAAUGGCUAUAUUUGAAUCGCAAUACCGCGAAGGGAUGACUAGGGAUGAAGGAGUAAAAUUAGUUGCUGAAGCAAUAUGCUCUGGAAUAUUCAAUGACUUGGGAAGUGGAAGCAACGUAGAUGUUUGUGUCAUAACAAAGGGGAAGCAAGAGUACUUGAGAAACUACAUGUCGCCAAACCCUCGUACCUAUGUCAGUGCAAAGGGUUACACUUUCUCCAAGAAGACUGAGGUGUUGCUUACUAAAAUUACACCGCUGAAAGAACUGGUGGAAGUGAUCGAAGGUGGCGACGCGAUGGAAGAGUGAACUGGUGGAAGUAUCGAUACUUUUUGAUCUUUCCUCAUUCAUUAUAUGCAUCAGAUGAACUGUUUUCCUUAUGUCUAGCAUAAGUGCUCGAAGAUAUAUCUGGUUUAAACUUGUCUCCAUUUGUCAGCUUGUUUAAGAUUGUAAUACUUCACUCCGAAUACAUUUACCUUUUCUUUUUUGGCCAUUUGAGCAUGAUGGAUUUGCUAAUUUA